CGCUACAACGGACAACAAGCAUGGUGUGACAGGCUACAUACACUCGUGGUGCAAGUCACAUAUAUUUAUAUAUAUAUAUGUAUAUACACACGUAACGAAAAAACACUGGGAUUUACAAAAGCGAAACUAGUGUUUACGAAUCAGCCAUGUGGCUAAGUGUUCUACAGGCUGUGCUAUGUGGAAGCUUAUUCUUUACAAUAAGUUCAGGGCUGGAGUGCGUUUGCACGACCCAGGAAUGCAUGGACCGGAAGAUGACAACAUGUCGUGCGUCCCAUUACUGUUAUAGCGAGACGAUCGACGAUCCAUUGUUUAAGCACCUGACUUCCCGGGGGUGCAUCGACAGCAGCACACCCUUGUUGUGUGAGAACCGUCGCCCCGCCAAGCUGAGGGCUGCAUGGCCAGUUCUCCACUGCUGUAACGACAAGAGUUUCUGCAACAAAAAUGUCGUACCAACACAGCCGCCACGUCCAGUACCGGAAGUGGAGGAACCUGUGUACGAGGAUUUCAAUACGGAGCCCACUCCUGCAACAGCCCGAUGUCCAAACCAGCAUGGGACCAGUAACUCGAACGGCAUGAUCAAUCCCAUUUACAUAGCAGUUCCGGUGGCGGGAGUUUGUGUACUCCUUGCUCUUAUCAUAUUUGCAAUGUAUCUCUUGCGCAGGCGCACAGACUAUUACGAGCGGUACCAAUAUCCACGUACCGUAUCGGUGCCCAAACAUCACCAACAGUGCAGUGACGCAAAGUGUGCAAACGCAUGUAAACUGAACAGGUGUACGGACAGUGAGCGAUCAUCAUCGGGCAGUGAAACUAAAUUAUUCUUAUAGGGGUGACUGAUGUAAUCACUACCCAUAUCACUACACUGUAUAUCGGCUACCCUACAGCAAAGUCGGAGUUUUUAAUGUGGAGAUCAGAUCUAUGGACACCUGUAUUCCUGGAUUGAUACAGCUUCCAUUAUAACUCCGAGAGACAUGUCUGACAUGUCUGGAGGUCUUCGUCCAACGUCGGAGUCUGUUUUAUCUGAACACCAUUCGAUCACUGGUGUGAAUUGCAAUGGCUUUCGCCAACUUGGCGGAAAAGACUUGAAUGUUUCUUUGAAAAUGAUCUCCUAUCAACGUUUGAGAUGGAGAAUAUGUAUAAGAAUGACAUUGACUAUUCAAAUUAAUUACACAGACUUGUUUUUCACCUGUUAAGGAACUAAACUUUAACUGAUUUGUAAAGAAACAUUUUUCGUUGAUCUCCUGUCCACUAGAUAUUGUUCGUUCAGAGCAUUAUAUCUUUAUAUCUCGGUUAUAACGAUGGGAAAAAUGACACAAAAUAAGGGUAGCCAUUUCGGACAUUGUCUCAUUUGUGUAUCAUUGUAAAUAGUCAUUUACUGUCAAGUGGUUUGUUUUAAGGCACUCGUUAAAUAUGUUCCAUUAUUAUUUAUGGGGAGAAAGGUCGCAAUGUUAAAAGGACGAAAGAUGGAUGACGAGUACAAGAAAAUGAAGAAAGAAGAGUAUGAAAAAAGAAUGAUGACGCAAUUUGUGAAAGAGAUAUUGUGUACAAAUUAAGUGUAAUAUGACGACUGUGAGGUAUCAUUAGUAUGUUACCUAGAGGACGUGUGUGUCGUUAGAGUAAGGGUUGGAGUAUGAGUGGGUACACUAUCAGAGUAAAAUUAUCGUCAGGAUGAAAGUCGGUUGAACAAGAGGAUGAAUAGUGUAAGAGUGUUCAAUGUAAAACAAGUGUGAUGGAUGUUUGAGGCUGGUGUAUUGUAAGGUGUCAUACUACACCAGAUUACGUGUCAAGUACCUACUACUGUUAUCGUGUACAUAACCCCGAUCUCUCACUAACAGCAAGGGUAUUUGUGUCAUUGUUUACCUCCGUACUAUGUUUGUUGUUGUCGUCUUGCUGUCAGCCUCUAAUCAAACACUCAGCUGAAUCCGAUCGCGUCAUGGUCAAUCAGAACCUCGUUUGAUUCUCGAGCGACACAAGAGUUUCACUGACCAAAUCGGUCUUGGUCGAGAACAUUUUAAAUCAUCCAUAAAAAAUCCACCGGAGUAUUAUGUAAACGUUAUUCGUUAGGAAUAUGAAUAAGAGUUCUGUUAUCAAAUUUGCAAUUUAGAUGGCAAUUCGAACACAAAAAUAUGAUAUAUAGAUAGAUAUAUACUCCAUGUCAACGCGUUAUCAAAUAGCUAGGCAUAAAAAUGAAGGCAGCAAAGCGAGCGUUUGAUUGUUGUGUGCCGUGUUUCUGGCUUCUCUUCAUGUUCAUGUAAAUACGGCAUCUAUUCCUCAGGGUAACUAAAUGUCUCCAGCACAUCUACUGCGCGCGCUCAUAUAACAGACAGAACGAAACGAGAAAAUCGUAAAACAUCGUAUGUUACGGUAAUGAUAUCGAAUUCUUGAAAAAAUAAGACAAAAUAAUCAAAAUAUAGCACUUCCUGUGUGUAUGUUAUAACACCAGCGCUUCUUAGUCCAUCAAUUCUGAUAUUUCUGUGCAUCAUUUUGAGAGGAACAUUAAAAUGGAAACAUUAUAAAUAAAGCAAAAAAAAAUCGAUGUGUAUACAUUAAAUAUCAAUAUUUAGAUGUAUGAUCGAGCUCGCGCACCGUACAUUGUAUAUGUAAAAUGUAAAUACUAACAAAUAAUUUGUACAUUUGUAAAUAGAUAUAUGUAUCUCGUGAUGUAUAUAUCCUUAAGUGGUUACUAUGGUAACGCAUUUAGUUGGUUACCGUAGCAACACAGUCUGUAAGUGCUAAUAUCGUUUUGUCUUUCAACUGCUAUCAUGUAAUGGACAAUAAUAUUUUUGCAUUAAUUUACAAUGGAAUCAAUUAAUGUAAUUAAUGUUUGGCUAGUCAGUUCCAUGACGUCAUUGAUGUCGGACAUUAUUUUAUUGGAGGAGUCAUUUGAUAAGAUCUUUUUUAACCAAGAUCGUUGAAAUAAGUUCAAACUGUCAUGGCUUUCACUUCAACAAAAAACAUUUGUUAUCUUAGUUUGUCCGCACAUUACAUUUGAAAUGCAUUAAUUAUUCAAUUGUUCUGUUUCAUUACUGAAGAAUCGAUACGUUAUGCAUCUACAGCACAUUGUUUUUUUCAAAAUAAAUUGCUUUAUCUAUAAUUAUGCCAAGAAAACAAACAGAUCGUUUGAUAAUGAUACCCACGAGAUGUUGUAGAACUAGCGAUAUUGACGUGGGAAUGUGCAAUGCUCUUCAGUUUUCUUCAUCAUAAGCGACAAGGAGUGGAAUCUCAGUAAGGAAUUGCUAAUCGUUAGGAAUUUUUUUUUGUUGCUUGGUAGAUUUAAAUGCUCCAAAUUAUAUUAACAAAACAAAUUUAUUUAUUAGAUUUUGUAGUUGUUUUUUAAUUUUAAAAUAACAUUUUGAAUUAUCAUUAACUUUUUUUUUCAAACUCUGACUGGUCGCAAGUUUCGGCUUCCAUAUAAUGUUUCCUUAUCAAAUUUUUUCAUAAUGAUAUGACUUCAUCAUAAAUCUUUAUUAAUCUUCAUGAUUUAUGUUUUUUAAAAACAAGACAGCUACAUAUAUAGUUUCCACGAUGACGUCAUUUCCGAUUAUAUUUAUUUCCGGUCAUGCAGCAUAGUAUUUCUUGACAGCAUAAUGCCGAAGAAUGUUUGUUGGAAUUCUAGCAAUGAAUUUCAUUAUAUUUGUCAUUAUUUUUGCGCAAUAAGCGAUAAUCAAAUGAAUCUAUUGUGAUGGAUGGGGAAAUUUUA